AUCAUAGUUCACAUUCUUUCAGCUGAAACAAGGAAUUGUGGACAUUUGUAAAAUGCUCUAAUGAAACCCUUCUAAUCUUGUAUCUUGUUGCCUAGUGAAACUCUUGCAUUUUUAUAGAUUAAAUAUUUAUGUACACAGGGUGGGAGGCUGCCAGAAAACACCAGAAGUUAACUCUCACCUCUGGAAACACGGGCCCUCAGAAACAGUCUGAUUACAAUGGAUGAAGAUCAAUAUUCCUAUUCUGAAGAAAGUAUCCCCCUGUCAUCACAAUCUUGGUUCUGGAAGAAGAAGAAUUCUGUUUCUCCAGCUGCUAAAAGCCAAAGCAAAACAGAAGCAUGGGUACAAACAGUUAUCCCUUCAGACUCUCAAGUCCCUGAAGAUGCAGUAAGAAUUGAUCCUGAAACUAAACCACAGACCACCAUUCACUCAUCCAUUCCUCUACCAGGCAGCGUUGUUGAUUAUUCAGAGGAGAUACAAGAACAUCCUUCAUGUGUGAUUAAAAGUGUUAUGACUGAAGACACAUCUGAGGAGGAUGGAGAGAAAAACUCGUGGCUGCACAAGAUUGGAAUGAAUAUAAACAAGUGGUCAUUUCUGAAUUCCCUGAUUGGAUGGAGUGAAAACAGAGCUCUAGAAAAAGUACGUCAUCUGAACACAUCUGGAGUUUGUUCUGAUUCUGAUCACAAAGCAACUGAGCUGGAGGAAAGUACAACCAAAGAAGGAGUGCCAUAUAUUCCAUACAAGCUAGCUACAUUAUAUAUCAUCAAGAUUGUAAGAGACAUGCAGGAAAUGAAAAACAAACACAUGAAGAUAAUCAGACAACUAGACAAUAUAAGGAAAGAAAACCAGGAACAGACUAUAACUACUAUAAAGAAACAUUAUGGGGAGAAAAUGAAGAGUCUGAAAUCCCACUUAGAAGCUUACCGAGAGCUGUUAAAUAAGAGCAACACACACUGGCAAGCUACAGUUAAGAGUCUGCGGGAAAGAAACAGACAACUGAUCCAGGAGAGGGAAGAUCUUCUUCACCAAAUGAAGCAACAAACAGAGAAAUGGGAAGAAGAAAAGGUGUGGCUUCUAGAAAAUUUGUGUAAAAACCUAGAUUAUCUUUACACCCAGCACACACUGACUUUGCAGGAACUUCACAACAUCAGCCUACAUGUGGAAAGAGUGCAUGACCUCAUGAAUUUCCAGAUAAAAAUUCUUCAGCAAAAGUCUGAAAAGACAGAAGGAGAAAAAGCAGAUGUGUCAGAGGUUUUAGAAUUAAAAGCAGAACAAGUACCUAAUGAAGAAAAGAAUCUUGAAUGGUCAAUGGAAAAGGCAUGUCUUUGGCAAGCACACACCGUACUGCAAAAGAUACAGGAAUCUUUACAGAAACGAGAGAGAGAAGUCACUGAGCUCCUACAAAGUGAAAGACGAUAUAACAAGGCAAUGAAACCUCAAAUCACAGUGCUAAUAUUCUUGAAAACUCUUGUCAAGAAGGUUCACACCAUGUAUUGUGAUGUCCCUGGGAUACAACAGUACAUCAGCCAGCUUAUCAGGAAGAACAAGGAUGAAAGGGCUGAUUGGAAAGAAGCCUUUAAUGACGCUCAGGCUGACAUUCUGUCCUAUGAAGUAUUUUAUGGAAAUGAACCUAUGGAUGACAAAAGGACACAGCUCUCAAUGAAGCUUUUCAGAAAUCUUGGGAAAGCAAAGUCUGAUUUAGAAUACGUUGAAACAGAGAAAAUUGUAUUUGAUUGUAUCCAGACAGGGGAAAUCCCCAAUUGGAUUAAAAGGGAUUGUCUUUAUGUAGCCUUGACAGAAGGCCCUGCCACAUGCUUUGAGGAGACAGAGCCACCAUCCAGAGGAGCUCAUGCAGAAGUUUAAAAUAGAAAUCAAGUCAUUGAACAAGAGGAACAAUUCUGAAGAGACUUCUGUUUAAAAGAAGUGGCAUUUUUACUCAGGCUGGCAGCCUAUCACAAGCAGGGUACCCCAGGAUUGAUAUUGAGCCCCAUGCUGUUCAACAUCUUCAUAAAUGAUCUGGAUGAUGGGACUGAAAUCACCCUGACCAAGUUUGCUGAUGUCACGAAACUGGGUGGUGAGGUCAACAAGUCAGAAGGGAUAUCUGUCUUUCAGAGAGAGCUGUACAGGCUGGAAGAGUGUGCUAGCAAGAACUGUAUGAAGUUUAACAAAGUGUAAGUAAGUAAGUCCUGCACCUGGGAUGACAUAACCAAAGAGCCCAGCACAGGCUAUGAUCUGUGUGGCUGGGGAGCAGCCUUGCUGAGAGGGACCUGGGGGUCCUGGUGGACAACAAGCUGAACGUGAGUCAGCAGUGUGCCACUGCAGCAGGCAAGGCAAAUCAAAUCCUGGGCUGCAUCCUCAGGGGCAUUACUAGCAGAGACAGAGACGUGAUCACCCCACUCUACUCAGCACUUGUCAGGCUGCACCUGGAGUACUGGGUCCAGUUCUUGUCCCCACUAUUCAAGAAAGACUGGAGAAAGUCAAAGGAGGGCCAUGAAGAUGAUCAAAGGGCUGGA